AUGCAUUCAUAUAUCCUGACGAAUCUACGCUUUCUUUUACUACUUCAGUUUACGGUUUCUCAGGUUUGGGGAUUCAAUGCAUCGGCAAGAUGGGGUCAAGCCGCGGUGGUGAUCAAUGAUGCACUUUACAUCUUUGGAGGAAAGACAGACAACUACAACUCAUUUUCAUAUACCUCAGCACCCAAUAACAACGACCUACUAUAUCUCUCGCUAUCCUCUCCAUUCGAUGCGUCUGCGCCCCCAUGGGAUCUGGUCAGCAGCUCUACGAACCUGUCCACUUCGCAAGGGCCUGCGCUUGCAUGGAGCACUCUCUCAGCACUCAAUACCUCCACCAUUCUACUGUUUGGCGGCCAGCCAGGUCCUAACUCACCCAUAGUAAUCACCGAUGCUGCUGAUUCUGCGGACCUUUUGGACGUCUUCUCGCGUUUGUCUCCAAACUGGAUUAUAGAACCUGCAUUUUGGUUAAACGAACCUAUUCGCCGUAUACGACAUUCGACAGUCACAGCUCCGUCUGGUUUGGUGUUCAUAUUCGGUGGGGAGAAAGCAGAUGGGUCAAGGAACGGAUUCUCUGAUCACUAUGUAUUCGAUCCGAAUGCUCUGAACUUUACGCUGCUGCCCUUGGAUAACGCCCCCCCAGACAUAUACGGCCACACUUCUAUCAUCCUCCCUGACGGCAGGAUACUGGUAUUUGGUGGGUUUUGCCAGUCACUGGGAAAGCUACUUCCUUUCUCCACUAUAUGGAUACUCGACACAAAACAGGCCAACUUGACAUGGUCCGUAGUCGAACUUGUUCAGACGGAUGUUCCUUCUCCCAGGAUGGCAUUCGUCGCCGUCUUGAUAUCCGGAGGGAAGAUAAUUAUACAAGGUGGAAGCGAUGCAAACCUUCAAAACAACUUCUCCGAUGGAUGGGUUUUGGACACAACUCAGAGUCCUAUGACCUGGACGCCCGUGGAUGCCUUGUCGCAGUUGGGACCUCGCCGUGACCAUUUCGGAGUGUCUUCCGGAGAACAAGUUAUAUUCGGCUUCGGAUACACAAACAAUGGGCCAGCCCCUGCUCCUCUGCAGAUUUACAAUCCCUCCAGUAACAGCUUCACUCCGACUUAUACCCCUCCACCAGAUAAUUCAGUUACCCAGACAUUACCUAUACCCAGUCAAACGACCAAGUCAACAUCACACACAACGGCUGGGUCAACCACCAAUGGUGUGCACCCAACCUCCACAUCAGAUCCAAAUAACCCAGCUGGAGGCGGCAACGGCGAGCCUAACGAUGACACUGGUACAAAUCGGACCACUGCUGUUGCUGUCGGCACAGUAUUUGCGGUUAUCGGUGUUCUCCUUAUUGGCAUUGGAUUCGCAUACUAUGUGCGCAGAAAACACCGGCAGAGGGAUGACCGCCAGUUCUUGGCUCUCGGUGGCGACGAUGACGACGAAAGUGACAGUCCUCAUCUUUCUGGUCCGAUACCAGUAGUUGGGAUGCACCGCGAAAUGGGUGAGGUUCGUGGUGCCCGCGGGCUGUUAGGCAGUCUAGGCAUUGCUAGUGCCUUGAGCGCCGCCACCAAGAUGCGCAGCAUGCGGAAUCAACCUCCGCGUCGGGACAUGCUGGCAGACGAAGAUACGCGAAGUUUUGGGGAAUGGUACAAUGCACGGAAGAGAGAAGGCCGAGGGGGGAGUUCGUGGUCUCUGUUGAACAUGUUUGGAGGCGGGACGCCCCGUCUGCGCAGUCGGCAGGCGAGUUCAACCGGAAGAAGCGUGAGGAGCACGCCUUGGGUUGAAAAGCACGAUCCAUUCUCUGAUGGCGCGACGUCGAUGAAGGAUGAAGAGACUGGUUUCAUUGGCGCAGCUGCACUGGACCACAGACCUCACACCAGGAGAGAAUCAAGUUACGCUAGUUAUGCCAGCUCGAGAAGUGGGCCCUAUCGGGAUCCUUUUGCGGACACUAUCCAGGAAGAAGCAAGACCUGAAUAUGCUCCGACCGAUCUGGACGAGCAGUAUUCAGAUUCUAUACAUGAUCAUCUCGAGCCUACAGUGCGACACGUCGUACCCCCAACUCUUCCUGCGAUCCGCACCGUCCUCCCACUAUCUCAGCAAAUUAACCAAACGUUGAGCCCCCUCUCAGAAAGGACUUCACAAAGCAGCUUCCUGCACGCUUCUGGAUCUUCGCAAGCCCAUUCAAGUGAAAAUGUUCCUAGUCCAUUUUCAGGAGGUUUUAUGUCACAAGCGACGUCAAUGACCUCAAUUCAUCCAACAACACCCAGUUCACCGAAGACAACAUCUAUCAUUGGUGCCUCCGAUCCUUCUCUUCUUCAGACCAAUCAACCAAUGAGGAGGAGCGACUCGUGGUGGUCCAGGUUUUCCCGCUCUAGUUUCUUAGAACGCAGAUCGAGCAAUGCAGGAGCACGAGCAUCAUACGAUAUUCGCGAUCCCAAUCCUGCUCCGAGACUUGGAGCCAUCGAAGAAGGUAGCCUGCACACCGACUCCCGCAGCUCGCCUGGCAGCGCCGAUCAGAAGGCAUUGGAGGCUGCAGCCGCUGCAGCCGUCGCUGUAGUAGCGCAGAAGGAGAAGGAGAAAUCCGGCUCUGGCUCGCAACGUGAAUCAGGUGGACCACAUGUGUAUGGCGCGGAGGGGCAUGGGAAGUCGAUGUCGUCUUUGCGCACGGCGGAUUCGGAGGCAAUCGAGCGGAUGGCGGGGACGAUGGAUGUGGUGCAGAGGGUCAAGGAGAGGAGCAAACGUGGCUCUGGAAGCACGAGCUCCACGGGUGGGCUGAGCUUUGACACUCAGGGCACGGUAUCGGAGAUCGGUGAGGACAUGCAUAUGAGGAUGGUCAUGUCGCCAGAUAGCGAUCCUACUGGCCUUGCUGGUGCUGGACCGUCGACUUCGAAUGCGAUAGCUACGUCGCCUCCGUCGGCAUAUAAGGAUACUUUUGGUCCUAUAGGCCCACUCCAUAUCGAUGGAGGAUCGACUCCCCUCUCCCCGAGCAAGGUCUCAGAGCGAGUGCAGGCGUACGAAAGGCGGAUGUCACAAGAUCAACCUACCAGUCCUCUACCCAAGAACUCCAAGCAGAGAGAGGAGCGGCCGAAGAAGAGGGUUGAGGUCGACUAUGGCCUUGUUCCCAGGCCUAGUCUGUUCGUGGCAAACCCUGACCAUCGACUAGAAUCGUCAUAA